AUGCCAAAACCUACUUCUUCUUCUAUAAAGUCAAAUUCCUUUACGCCUCCACGGCGAAGACAAAGCGCCAAAAAGCAGUCGUCUCUGGAUUCCCCGACACACGACUCCGCCAGUAUUGCAACUAGUUCAUGUCGUUACGAUAGCUCGCUUGGUCUUCUCACCAAGAAAUUUGUUAAUCUCUUAAAAGAAGCAAAAGAUGGUGAUUUAGACUUAAACACUGCCGCCGUCUCAUUGCAAGUGCAAAAGCGUAGGAUAUACGAUAUUACCAAUGUAUUAGAAGGAAUCGGAUUAAUCGAAAAAAAUUCGAAAAAUCAUGUUCGUUGGAAAGGUGUACAGCAGCUGCCAUUGGCUUCUUCUUUAUGCCAGGAUUAUAAACAAAAGAUAAAGGAACUCCAAGCUGCCAAUGCUACCCUUGAAUCUGAGAAAUUAGAACUUGAAAGAGCUGAUCAGGAUGUGGAUAUCAGUAUAAGAAAUAUAUAUGAAUCUGAAGGAAGUGCAAGUCUCGCAUUUGUACAUCAAUCAGAAAUCGAAAAAAAUAUUAAUCUUUUUCACCAAGAUAUCUUGAUUGCAAUAAAGUCUCUCUCAGGAACACCGUUGCAGGUCCUUGAGGCGGUUGAGAAUGAACAAUCAGGCCAGCCUCUCUACCAGAUUCAAAUACAUGAUCCAAAUCUUCAACAAGUUCAUAUUUUCCAACUCUCAGACGGUAAUCCAGGACAUAAUUUGACUAUAACAGAUGACCAUUCCACACGUGCAUUUACUCAACAAAGCCAGCCUUUGAAUAUUAGAAAUGGUGAUCCUCUCCAUCCUAAUGUAGCCCUUCCUCCUCCGUUUUCUCAUAUGUCUUUAAUACCAACCCCUACUGAUGAGGAUUAUGACAUGCUUGAUGAUAGUAUGGAUUACCACUUAUAUUAUCAACGGCAACAGCAGAUUCAACAUCCAAAUCAUCGUCACUUUAAUCACCAACAUCAUCUGUCACAUAACCGUGAUAGCGAUGAUUUUGAACCACUUGACCCAUCAUCUGAUUAUAUUUUUGGUACGUUCAGGCAUGACGGUCGCGAAGGAUUAGAUGUAUUCGAAAGAAACUCAAAUCAAAGGAUGAGGGAAGGUGGUCAUCAUCGUCCACAAUAA